ACAUUAAAUUACUUCAUCGUCUGCUUGUGCUUUGGGUAUUGAGGUACAAUGGUUUCCAUUUCUGCGAUCUCUCUUUUGGAUUUGAUCCACACCAAGUUUUGUUUGGUUUUUAUCGCUGUGUUUUUGAGUCUUGCCUACAUUUUAAAAUUUAAAUCUCCGAAAAACUUCCCACCGGGACCAUGGUCAUUACCAUUUGUCGGUGAUCUCCUUCGUCUUAAACCUACAAUAAUUCAUUUUCAGUUGAGAAAGUUUGCUGAGCAAUAUGGUGACAUUUUUAGUAUUAAUUUUGGAUCGAGGAUUGUUGUCCUAAAUGGCCUGAAGCUAUUCAAAGAAGCCUUUAUUCAACAUGGUGAAAAUUUUGUCGAUCGGCCGUCAUUGCCAUUGAUCGAUGACAUCGUCCAUAACAACGGUUUGGUUGCCUCCAAUGGCUACGUGUGGAAGCAGCAGAGGAGGUUUGCUCUCAUGACGUUGAAGAACUUUGGAUUGGGCAAGAAGAGUCUUGAGCCUUCCAUCCAGGCAGAAACAAAAUGCCUGAGUGAGGCCUUGGGGAACGAACAAGGUCAACCGUUUGAUCCACAGUUUGUUAUCAACAACGCCGUCUCAAACGUUAUCUGUUGUCUGGUGUUUGGUGAUCGGUUUGAGUACACUGACAGACAAUUUCAAGAUCUGCUGAGGUUAAUAAAUGAAGCCGUCUAUUUAGAAGGAAGCGGUUGGGCACAGCUAUACAACAUAUUUCCUUGGAUAAUGCGCAGGGUACCUGGUCCCCACAGAAAGAUAUUUGAACAUUGGGACAAGGUGAUCGCCUUUGUGAAGCUGAAAAUUAAGGAGCACAAGAAUGACUGGGACCCAUCAGCACCCAGAGACUAUAUUGACUGCUUCCUGGCUGAGAUGGAAAAGUGUAAAAAUGAUGUGGAUGCAGGGUUUAAUGAAGAGAACUUGUGCUUCUGCACUUUGGAUUUGUUUGUGGCUGGAACUGAGACCACAUCAACAACACUGAAUUGGGGCCUGUUGUUCAUGAUCAAAUACCCUGAUGUACAAGAAAAGGUGCAGGCAGAAAUAGACCAUGUGAUUGGGCAGUCACGGCUGCCCUCCAUGGCAGACAGACCCAACAUGCCCUACACUGAUGCUGUGAUCCAUGAGAUUCAGAGGAUGGGAAACAUUUUACCCCUGAAUGUGGCCCGUAUGGCCACCAAAGACACACAAAUGGGAGAAUACAUCAUACCAAAGGGCACAAUGGUGCUAGCAAUGUUAAUGUCUGUGCUCUUUGAUGAGAGUGAGUGGGAGACUCCACACACCUUUAAUCCAGGACAUUUCCUGGAUGCCGAAGGGAACUUCAGAAGACGAGAUGCCUUCAUGCCAUUUUCAGCAGGUAAGAGGGUGUGUCUGGGGGAGCAGCUGGCUCGGAUGGAGCUGUUCCUCUUCUUCACCUCUCUCCUCCAGAGGUUCACCUUCUCUCCUCCCCCUGGAGUGGAGCCUAGCUUGGAGUACAAAAUGGGAAUCACACACUGCCCCAAACCUUACAAGCUCUGUGUUGUCCCCCGUUGAGCACAGGUUUGUAUAUCAUACACAAACAAAUUUAGAUUUAACUGGAAAAUCAAGUUCCAUUAAGAUCUUCUAUUGACAAACAUAAGUUCCUCACACAAAAAAAUGCAAUGAUAACGGUAAUUCUUUUAGGAAAAAAUUGGUUCAUUUUUCAUUCAUUGGUUCAUGGUUCAUUUAAUUGAAACCUCAAAUAAUGUUUUUUUUCUCAUACUGUAUAAUUCUUUAUUACAUGCAUACUAUUUUACUAGACUGAAUGAUACCUUUUGGAGAGGAUGAAUCUGUUUGGCGUUCUUAAUGAUUAAAUCAUUAUUCUUUAGUAUAAUAUAAAAGCUUUUGAUAAAGAGUUUUCCCAGAUACUGAAAAUAGAAUUAUAACCUGUUCAGUCUCUAAAAAGCUGCUUCAAGCUGCAUUUGCUCUUACUUCCACACAAUUCACUGUUUCUUAUGCUGUGGAAGUACGUUGUUCAUGUGGCUUUAUCUUGCUGAUAUGGCACUACUGCUUAGUGCGAAUCUGUAAAUUCUAUGUUGUAUAAAUAUGUGAAAUGGAAUGUCAUUACAAAAUGAUUUGUGUUUAAGCAUUGGUAAGGGAAUGGAUAUGUAUACAAACAAAUGUUUACGCAUGUCCAUAUUAGUGCAUGUAUUUAGUAUAUUUUUGACUCUUUGAAUGAACAUUUUUCAUAAACUCUUCUAGAGUUUAAAUUUUGCUUUUGAAAUGUUUAACAAAUUUUGACCCCAGGCUCUGUAACUGUAUAUAUAUAAAAAAUACAACAUACAACCUUUUAA